UGAGAAUGGUAUCGAUCUUCUCAGCUAACUCUUGGCAAGAAAGCGAAUAAGCGUAUUUCCUAAAGUGUCUUACUUUUCCUUUAAGGAUGUUCGCUUAUUUACAGCAUCACAUUCAAACUGAUAUUCACAGCAGUAUAACCACAGUUUUGUCCAGUGAGAAGCUCAAACUGAAUAAUUACCGGAUGGAAGAGGAGUUAGUGUCUAGUCUGAGGGAAAAUCAGUCGUCAUUUUUGCACAUCUAAAUUUGGUAAACUUUGUUUACGUUCAUUGGCCAGAAAUUCUCAGGAUCCAAACUAGCUGAGGACCGUCGACCUUCCUUCAAGAGGAUGUAUCUACUACAGUGAGGUGGCUUAGUGGUAAGCAGUCACAUUAUGUGGAAUCCUCAUGUUGUCCCUGUGUUCACAUGGAUUUCCUUCAGUUUCCUCCCACCGUCCAAACCAUGCAGCUCAGAUGAAUUGGAGACUGCAGGGGUGAAGUAAAUGGGUACAUUUCUACAGUCCAUGACACGAUGUUAAAGUUUCAGUUAGAUACCUCCGACGUGGACUUGUCCUUAAGUGCAGGGUUAAAGUGUACUUUGUCUUCCUGCAGAUAAACUUUGACCUCAACUGCCAUUAUAAAACUGAUAAAUACGACUGAUCAACGAGGUUUGCAUUGUUGGCUCUGACUUGAGAUCAGCUUCUCUGCCAAAUCUCAACCUCAGUCAUUAAAGUAGUAAAUUGGGGAAUUAAUCUUUCAUGUCUGUCAACGGGUAACUCCUCCCCAACCCAAAUAAAGCCUUUAAUACAAGUGGCAUAUGGGACAACACACCAGCCCCGCCGCACAACUGCUUCUCUUUUGAACGUGAUAAGCAAACAGCAUGAGGACUCUUCGGGAAAAAAUCGUUGUUCUCUCAGUUCUUGUGACUCUGAUCUGUGCCAUUCAGGUCGAUUCACUGCCCGUACCUAAAGACUGGAAUGGUCUGAUCCAGCGGACCAAACGGUCGCUCCUGUGGCGUUGGAACAGCAUGAAGCCCGUGGGUGCCAGCUGCAGGGAUCACUUGGAGUGUGGAACAAAAUACUGCAGGAGAAGUAUUUGUACCUUCUGGAGCUCCACCUGAAGAGGAUACACAAACAAAACUCCAUCAGGGCGACAAAACAAACAUCUGCCUGAUGGACCAAAGCGACCCGUCUCAAAAUGAACCCCGUGUGAAAUUACUGCUCUCAUAUUCUGGCUUGAACUGAAGACCUGCUGGCACGUUAUCAGACUCUGUGCAUUCAGUUAAAAUAAUCUGAUCUGGCACUGCACUGCAGCAAAACAAAGCUGUAAAUGCUGCAUUUACAUGAAUGAUCAAAUGGCUCCAUCUAGAGCGACAUUGAUUUUUUAUAAUUAGUAUUAGUCUAAAACACUUGUAGUACAUCAGACAGGCUGUAACAAAUGUUUAAUAAGAAAAUAUAAAUAUUCAUGCAAAGUUUGUGAGAUGCUCUGAGUUUAUUGGUUCAUGUUAUUAUUAUAUAUUUAUUUGUACAUAUUGUAAAUAUAAAAAAAUACUUUUUUCAAGAGGUUGU